GCCAACAGAUCGGAAAUCGCGAGGCUCCUGACUUUUGAGUUGUUGGCAAGGAAAGCCUCUUUGUGAUCUUGCAGCCCGGACUGGGCAGCCAGUGGCACAGCUGCUUCCAAAACCGAUCUCUGCCACGGAUGGGGAGAGGGGAAUCUCCCAUGCACGACAGGAGCGGAGGCUGCGUGUCACUGGACACAGCCCCCCACCCGGUGGCCCCGGAGAGUCGCAGUUAUUAAUCCCCUCUGAGCAGCCAGAGGCUCCAGGCUGCCUGACAUCAGUUCCCCAAGCCCCAGCAUCCUGCUUAGAGUAAGGGAAUGGCUACAGCAGAGCCGGCUCAGAAGCUGGACACAUCUGAGGAGGACAACAAAGAAAAGGAGAAAACAUUGGGUUUGCAUGAUCCCGGGCAAACGUCCUGCACAAGUGAUGAUGAAAAGGACUUUGCAGCAUCCCCAGGAUCCCCAAGUUCUACAGGGAUGCCCCAACCAGAAGGGGAAGAAGCAUCCUGGGGUCUCUAUCUCCACUGCACAGAGGAAGUGGAGACCCCAAGAACCAGCAACAAUCCAGAUGAUGACAACAGCUGGGACUCCCAGGAAGUCUUUGUGAGCUCCCCUUGCUCAGCCUUCUCUUACCCAGGGAGCGAGAAUGAAGGGCAGAAUCCUGAGGUUGUGGAGUCUCGAGGGCUUUUGUCAACAGGUUGCAGAAGGAGCACGUCCUCAGAUGUUAAGGAAGGGGAACUGCGUGAGAAGAAGGGGAAUCACUAUUUUGGAAAGAGAUGGGCUAGCCCCCCUACUUACAUAGAAAUCCUUGGGGGGGCUCAAAACCGUGUGAUCCACCAGGGACCCAGUAACUAUAACAAAGAGCACAGGAAAAUCUUUAAGGCAAGACCCUCCAACCUCAUUAACCACCAGAGACUUCACAGAAGCAAGAAGUUCCACCGCUGCGCUGACUGCGGAAGAGGUUUUGGUGUCUUCUCAAACCUCAUCCGCCACCAGAGGACCCACUUUGGAGACAAACCCCACAAAUGUCCUGAUUGCGGGAAAGGGUUUGGCCACAGCUCAGCCCUUAUCACUCAUCGACGUAUCCACACUGGGGAAAAGCCGUACGAAUGCAAUGAGUGCGGGAAAAGCUUCAAUGUGGUGUCUAAUCUCCUGCGCCAUCAGCGAAGUCACACGGGAGAGAAGCCUUACCAGUGCCCCGACUGCGGGCGCUGCUGCAGCCAAAGGUCUCACCUGAUCACUCACCAGCGCCUCCACACUGGGGAGAGGCCUUACCAGUGCCUGGAGUGUGGGAAGAGCUUCAACGUUAGCUCUGACCUGAUCAAGCAUAGAAGAAUCCACACGGGAGAAAAGCCCUAUGAAUGCCUCUACUGUGGGAAGUGCUUCAGUGGCAGCUCCAACCUCAUCACACAUCAGAGGCUUCAUACUGGUGAGAAACCCUACGUCUGCCCUGAGUGUGGCAAAAGCUUCCCUAUCAGCUCCAAGCUGAUUGCACACCAACGAAUCCACAUGGCUGAGAAACCAUUUGAUUGCACAGACUAUGAGAAGAGCCUUGUUGAACGGCCCCACCUGGCCAGGCACCAGCAGAGCCCCUACCGCCGGGAGAAACGCUUCAAAUGUGCUGACUGUGGGAAGAGUUUUACCACCAGCUCCUAUCUCAUCACCCACCAGCGUACCCACACUGGGGAGACCCCCUACAUUUGUGGUGACUGUGGGAAAAGCUUCACAGUCAUCUCCAACCUUGCCAGACACCAGAGGAUCCACACAGGUGAGAAGCCCUAUAAGUGCCUGGACUGUGGAAGGAGCUACAGCCAGCGGGCCCACUUGACAACACACCUAAGAGUCCACACGGGGGAGAAGCCCUAUGUCUGCUCUGACUGCGGAAAGAGCUUCAAUGUCAACUCAUCUCUCACUAAGCACCGGAGAAUUCACACUGGUGAAAAGCCCUACAUAUGUCCUGACUGCGGAAAAACUUUCAGCCAGAGCUCAAAUGUCAUCACUCAUCGAAAGCUCCACCAUGGAGGUAGCCUUCUUGAUGGCUCCAUUAGAGUCCUUCAGAUCCAAUAUGAAGACCCAUCCUUUAGUGCCUGUGAGAACAGAAUAGGGGUGGUGGGUCUAGCAGGAGUCAAAAUGGAGGAGCAGGACCUGACAAGACCCAAAGCAAAAGAGACACUGGAGGCAGAUCCUCCCAUCAUCCAUGCCAGGGAAGCUGAAGAUGUUCCAGCUGAAACAGACACACAGGAAACUGAAAGGGCGCCAGAUGAGGUGGCUUUGCUAGACACUAAGCAGACAACCACUGGAGAGCCUCCACAAAAAGCUCAGCGGGUACCUGAUGAGGUGGUCUUGCGAGAGGCUAGUCAGGCACCAGAGGAAAGGGGGCAGCAGCACCAAGAGAUCCAGCAGCAGGACUUCCAGAAGGCAGCCAAAUCCCGGAGGAAACCACUAGUGCCUACCCGUUGGGAUAAUACUAAAACGUUUCCAACCUCUUUCCAGAGAAUAGCUGAUGCCAUCCACUGGUCUGAAGAAGACAGGGCAACUCAAACUCCAACAGAUCUCAACGGAAAAACUAUGGAAGCUUGUGACAGCCUAGGCUCCUCCAGGCAAGCGAAGGAUGAGCCCUUGGAGGGGGAUGCUGUCAGUCUGGAACUACGGCGCCAGCAGUUCAGGCAGUUCUGCUACCUGGAGGCUGAGGGCCCCCAAGAAGUUUGCAGCCAGCUCCAGGACCUUUGCUAUCGAUGGCUGCAGCCAGAGAAACACACAAAAGAGCGAAUCUUAGAGUUCCUGAUCUUAGAGCAGUUCCUGGCCAUAUUGCCGCAGGAAAUGCAGCUCUGGGUCAGGAAGCAAGACCCAGAGACCUGCGUCCAGGCCGUGACCCUGGCGGAGAUUUUUGCCUUGAAACUGCAAGAAAAUGAGAGAUGGGACCAGCAGGUCCCAGGCCCAUUUGCAAAGGUGGCAGUGAAUUUCUCCAAGGCAAACCCCUUGAAACUGCAGCUGUACAUGGUGGCCAUGCAAGAGGGUGAAAGAAUAGCCAGUUUGCUGGCAGGUGAUGUCCAAAUGAGUGAGAAUGAAGAAGAGAAUAUUCAGUUGGAAAGACCAGAGGAAAUAGUUCACAAUCGGAUGAAACUGGGAAAAGGCAAAGGGAAAGUUUUCCUGUUUCCCAAGACAGAAGGGAUGUCUGGAAGUAAGCAAGCAGCAGAAGACUAUGAGAUUCCUGAAAUGGAAGAGGGGUCUGGAAAUCAGCUGCAUCAGGGAAACCACCCAGAACAGGCAGUGGGAAAAGCUUUUCUUUGUGAAGGGGAUACAAGUUUAAAUGAAAGCACUUUGCAAAAAGGGAUUGAGACAGGGAGGAGAAAGGGGGCAGGAAUAGACAAUGGGAAAAGCUCCAAUGAGAGUGCUGACCCACUUAAAAACUUGAAUGCCCAGACUGGGAAAAAGCCAUACAAAUGCACCUAUUGUGGGAAAAUCUUCAACCAUGCCUCAGCCCACCUGGUUCAUGAAAGAAUCCACACAGGAGAGAAACCAUAUAACUGCUUGGAGUGUGGGCAGAGCUUCAGUCGGAGGUCACACCUUACCAGACACCACAGAAUCCACACGGGAGAGAAACCGCACACCUGCUCUGAGUGUGGGAAGAACUUCAGUCGGAGAUCGCACCUGAUUGAGCAUGAGAGAACCCACACGGGAGAGAAGCCAUUUGCAUGCUCCAUCUGUGGGAAAAGCUUCAAUUACCGGUCCCUUCUCAAAGAGCAUGCAAGGAUCCACACAGGAGAGAAGCCAUAUAAAUGCUCAGACUGUGGGAAGAGCUUCAAUCGGAGAGAGAGUUUUAUAAUUCAUGAGAGGACACACACAGGAGAAAAGCCAUAUGAGUGCCUAGACUGCGGGAAGAGAUUCAGUCAGCGAUCAAACAUUACUGCCCAUGAGAAAAUUCACACAGGAGAGGGAAAAUAUAAGUGUUCAGAAUGCGGGAAAAGUUUCUGCAAUUCUGCUGGCCUCCUUAAACACCAGAAAAUCCAUACAGAGGAAAAGUAUGAACACAUCCUUUCUCCACAGUUUGUGAGUGAUGAGCUGCUAAGCGGGGACCAGGAGGAGAGUUCUCGACAGGAGAGUCCAGAUUGUGUGGAACCCCGUGGGACACUAUUGGGGAGGUCCCAAGUUCCCCCACUGGGAAACAGCCAUGAGAAUCAGAGUGGUGCAGUGCCACAGCAGGAGAAUCCCUCAGACGAUACGUGGUGUAAACCCACUCCUGGUCACGAAAGGAUUGCUAAAUUGAACACAUCAUUAAUUCAGCAAAGAAUGCACAAAAGGAAGAAAGAGCCUGUGCAUUCGGAUAACGGGAAAGCUUUUACUCAAAGUUCCUGCCUUAUCAGCCACCAAAUAAAACAUGUGGUAAGAAGGCCCUAUUCAUGUGCUAAGUGUGGGAAAAGCUUUAAUAAGAGCUCACACCUUGCUGUGCAUCAAAGAACCCACACGGGGGAGAAACCCUAUGGAUGUACAGAGUGCGGCAAAAGCUUCUGUAGCAGUUCUCAGCUAAUUUCACACCAGAGAAUUCACACUGGAGAAAAACCCUGUUUAUGUAUCGAUUGUGGCAGGAGCUUCUAUUCUGCCUCUGAACUCAGCAGACAUCAGAGAAUUCACACUGGAGAAAAACCCUAUGUCUGUGAUGAGUGCAGAAAAAGCUUUUCUAGCAUCUCAGACCUCAGCAGACAUCAGAGAAUCCACACCGGUGAGCGAUCUUAUGAAUGUCCAAGUUGUGGGAGAGGCUUCACCCAGAAAUCACACAUGAUUACUCAUCAGAGGAUCCACACUGGAGAAAAACCAUUCAAAUGCCCAGAAUGUGGAGAACAUUUCAGUAUUAAGUCAGGCCUACAAAGCCAUCAGCGAGUACAUACAUCAGAAAAACCUUAUGUAUGUCUGGUGUGUGAGAAAAGCUUUGGAUGGGCCUCUGUUCUGCUUAGACAUCAGAGAAUUCACACAGGAGAGAAACCCUAUACAUGCCCUAACUGUGGAGAAAGCUUCAGUCAGAGCUCUCACCUUAGCAGUCAUAAACGUGUCCACAUGACUGAGAAGCCUUAUGCAUGUGUGGAAUGUAGGAAAAGCUUUAGGAGGAGCUCUGAGCUCAUUGUUCACCAGAGAACCCAUAUGAAGGAGAAGCCAUACCCAUGCAGUCAAUGUACAAAAAGUUUCAGUAAACACUCAGACCUCCUGGCACAUCGAAGAAGCCAUAUGGGAGAAAAGCCCUUCUCAUGCACUGUGUGUCAGAAAAACUUCAUUAGAAGUUCACAGCUAAUUGCACAUCAAAGAAUUCAUACAGGGGAAAAACCUUACGUGUGCAGUCAGUGUGGUAAAAAUUUCUGUUACAGCUCAAAUCUGAGCAGGCACCAAAAAAUCCAUACUGGGGAGAAAGCCUACAAAUGCUCUAACUGUGGGAAAAGAUUCUCCCAGAGAUCAAAUCUGAUCACACAUCAGAGAAUCCACACAGGUGAAAAUCCCUACAAAUGCAUUGACUGUGGACAAGUUUUUAGCAUUAAAACAGGCCUCCUCAACCAUCAGCAGAUUCAUGCAGAAAGGUUAGAGAUGGUGAAAGAGGAAGAGAACCUGGUGAAAGAGGAGGGGAUCUCCUGGGAGGAAGAAGAGGAAAAUUUGGUUGAAGUAGCAAAGACUCUCCCAGAGGAAGGUCCUGAACAAACUGAAGAAUCCCUGCCAGCAGAAUAUGAAAUAAAUGUUUUACAGAUUCAGGGGGACGAAGAGCCCUAUGAUGAUGAACCUACUCCUGAAAGCCAGCAAGUUUACAUCCCAAAGAAGAGACAGUGCAGAGCGGUGUCACGUGCAGGAACAGCCAUGGAACCUAGCAAAACCACAGUUCAGAAUAAAGCCCCAAAGGGAGGAAGGAUCUACAAGUGCCCCGAUUGUGGAAAAAUUUUCAAACGGUGCUCACCCCUGAUCAGACACCGAAGAACCCACACUGGGGAGAAACCUUACGUAUGCCGGGAGUGCUUGAAACGUUUCAGCGACAGCUCGGCCCUUGUGAAACACCAAAGAAUCCAUGCAGGAGAGAAACCGUAUACAUGCCCUGAGUGUGGGAAGAGCUUUUCUCAGAGCUCAACCCUUAUUGCACAUCAGAGAAUACACACCGGAGAGAAACCUUACAAGUGCCCUGAUUGCGGGAAGAGCUUCAGUGUGAGCUCCAACCUUGUUGCCCAUCAAAGAAUCCACACAGGAGAGAAGCCUUUUGGCUGUCCUGUCUGUUUGAAAGGCUUUCUGGUCAGCUCUCAUCUUAUCAGACACUUGAGAAUCCACACAGCAGAGAAACCUUAUAUUUGCCGAGAAUGUGGAGAAUGCUUUACUCAGAGCUCCCACCUUGUUGUACAUAAGAGAAUCCAUACUGGAGAAAAACCUUACCUGUGUUCAGAGUGUGGGAAGAACUACCGUGGGAUCUCCGAUUUGAUCCAACAUCAGCGAAUCCAUACAGGAGAGAAGCCCUACAAAUGCUCUGAAUGUGGGAAAUGCUUCAGUCAGAGUUCAUGCCUUAAGAAGCACCAGAGAAUCCACACAGGAGAGAAACCUUAUGUGUGCCUCGAAUGUGGGAAGAGGUUUAAUCGGAACUCACAUUUGACUAGGCAUCAGAAAACCCACAUGGGGUAAUUCUAAAGAAUAAUUCUCUGUCAGAACUGGAAGCUUGUCUCAAAUUCCAACUGUUACAAGAACUAAAACCAGUUAUCUCAAAUAGUAAGCCUUUCCCUCAUCUUCCAAAGAAUCCCACCACCUCAUACUUUGACUGAGAUUAGAGAUGCUUCCAUUUUUAAAAAAAAUUUUGCAGCCAAGUUACAGCCAGCUUACGGCAACCCUGUAGGGUUUUCAAAGCAAGAGACGGUUUGCUAUUGCUUGUUCCUGAACAGCAACCUUAAACUUCCAAGCCAAGUACUAGCCUGGGCUGACUCAGCUUCUGAGAUCUGACAAGACUGAGCUAGCCUAGGCUAUCUGGGACAAGUUCUAAAAUAUCUUUUGGCUCUUGUUAACCUCUGUUCUCUGGAUUCCCUGCUUUCUAUUUUGUAACUGGAUCCUAGAACCUUCCCUGAAUUAUCUGUACCAUUUUUGUUACCAGCAUUAAAAUGUCUUCAGAGAUGUCAGCUCCUGCGUUUUCCUAUAAGCUAUAGAUGAUGAGAUUCUCUUGUUGACCUUUGAUGAAGCCUUAUGAUUUAUGAUUGGUUGUUCCCAACCCCUUGAAAGUUGUGGUGGAGGAAAAAAGACAAUGAGACUGUGACUUUCCAUUAUUUAGAACAACCUCUGCUGUGAUACUAACAUCCUCCCUCUUCUCUAUUGCGGGAGGGGGAGGAAUAAACUUAUACACAUUU